GGCCGUAGAGAGGAGCCUAGGGGAUGGAGCUGGCUGGAGGAGAGGACGCAAAGGAGGGGAGGAAGGAAAGGGGAAAUAAUCCUAGGUCAGGAGCGGGCAGUGAAGAUAAUCUUAGGUCGCUGGGGAGCCUCAGGUUCAGAGUCGACCAGGCAUGCAGCAUGGCUAGCUUCAAUGUUUCUGGCUCAGCAGGUUGUUCCCUGAAAGUGUCAGACAGCAUCCCGGGUGAAGCUGGAGUCAGGGGAAGGCGUGGCCCGGGAAGAUGCUGUUGCCCCGGAGGAGAAAGAAUGGUCGGUGCUAAGUGAGGGUGCUGCACUAAGUGGACCAGUGGGUAAGAGAAGUCGAAAUGCCGAGUGCCCCAGACGUAUGGCGGAUAGGGUUGACUGGUUACAAAGCCAAAAUGGAGUGUGCAAAGUUGAUGUUUAUUCACCUGGAGACAACCAACCCCAGGACUGGAAAAUGGAUGCAUCAACAGAUCCUGUCCGAGUGCUCAGCUGGCUCCGCAGAGACCUGGAGCAAAGCACAGCCAGGUUCCGGGACUCAAGGUUCAAACCCGGAGAGACAUCAUUUGGGGAGGAAGUGGCCGUCCCGGGUGACCAAUGCAAAGGUUUCGGUGUCGAGUAUUACACCACCACCAACAAGGGCAGUCCAGGGAGACUGCAUUUUGAGGUGACUCAUGAGGAGAAUCCUUCCCAGGGCCCUGGCACCCAAGUUUGUAAUGGAAAUUCUGUAGAUGAAGUUUCCUUCUAUGCCAACCGCCUCACAAACCUAGUCAUAGCCAUGGCCCGAAAGGAGAUCAAUGAGAAGAUCCAUGGCUUGGAAAACAAAUGUGUCCAUCAGUCAUUCUAUAUGGGAGAUGAGCCCACACCCCACAAAAGCCUGAGUACAGUAGCCUCGGAGCUGGUGGAUGAGACUGUCUCUGCAUGUUCCAACAACAUGGCCAGCGACAAAGCUCCAGGCUCUGGAGACAGAGACCUGGGGUCCACACAGAGCCCCAGUUUGAGAUACAAAAGCACUUUGAAGAUCAAGGAGAGCACCAAGGAUGGCAAGUGUCCCGAUGACAAGCCUGGUUCCAAGAAGUCCUUCUUCUAUAAGGAAGUAUUUGAAUCUCGGAAUACAGGAGAUGCCAGGGAAGGUGGAAGGCCCUUAGCUGGAGACAGAAAGCUGUUCAGGUGCCAGGACAGGACUGAUGACUUUACAAACUCUGUCAGUCAAGGGAUCAUGACCUAUGCCAAUAGUGUGGUGUCUGACAUGAUGGUCUCCAUCAUGAAGACGUUGAGGAUCCAGUUGAAAGACACGACCAUUAUCACUAUGCUGCUGAAGAAGGUGCUGAUCAAGCAUGCAAAAGAGAUCGUGUCCGAUCUUAUCGACUCCGUCAUGAAGAACCUCCACAAUGUCACAGGGAGCCUCAUGACUGACUCAAACUUUGUCUCAGCUGUGAAACGAAGUCUCUUCUCUCACGGAAGCCAGAAUGCCACAGAUAUCAUGGACGCCAUGCUGGGUAAGCUCUACAACGUGAUGAUUGCCAAGAAAUUUCCUGAUACCCUCACAAAAGCCAGGGACAAGUCUGAGAGUUAUUCCCUCAUCUCCAUGAAAACAAGGGGUGACUCUAAGUACCCCAAUGGGAAGUUUGCAAUGAAAUCUGAAGAAAAACUGAGAGAAAAUUUGUUUUCUGCAUGCAAACCAGAGAAAGAGAAGACUUGCGCUGAAACUCUGGGUGAACACAUAAUUAAGGAGGGACUGACCAUGUGGCACAAAACUCAGAAAGAUUGUAAGUCCCCAGGUUUCGAGCAUGCUUCAUUUGGAGCUUCUAACAAACAGUGCAACCCUCCUCCAGACGUUUCCUCUAAGUGUCCGGAUCCUUGUGACUUCACCCCCCUUCCACAGCAACCAGAAAAUUUUGAAAAUUUUAUGUGUGAUUCAGACUCCUGGGCCAAGGACCUGAUUGUAUCUGCCCUGCUUCUGAUUCAGUACCACCUGGCCCAAGGAAGCAGAAUGGAUGCCCAGAGCUUCCUUGAAGCUGCUGCCAGCACCAGCUUCCCUACCACCAAGCCUCCUGUGGUUCAUGAUGAGUCCAGACUUAAGUCUCCUCAUAAGAUAUGCAACCAAGAACAAUCAGAAAAGAAAGAUCUAAUAAGUGUUAUCUUCAAUUUUAUCCGGAAUUUACUUAGUGAGACCAUAUUCAAGAGUAGCCCUAACCUCGAACCCAAGGCACCAGAACAGCAAGUUAAGGAAGAAGAUAUUAACCGCUAUGAAAGGCCUAUGACCCCUUCCCCUAAAUUCUGUGACAAAGAGGAGGCUGGUGGUACCUUAUCUGGACUAACCAAGAUUGUCGCCAACCAGCUAGAUGGUUCCAUGAAUGGACAGAUGGUGGAACACCUGAUGGAUUCUGUGAUGAAGUUGUGCCUCAUUAUUGCCAAGUCCUGUGACACUCCCUUAGCAGAGCUGGGGAAUAAAAAGUGUGGGGAUGCCAACAGGCCAAAUUCUGCUUUCCCAGAUAAUUUAUAUGAGUGCUUACCAGUCAAGGGCACAGGGACAGCCGAGGCUCUCCUGCAGAAUGCCUACCAAGCCAUCCAUAAUGAACUGAGAGGUCUGUCAGGACAGCUGCCCGAAGGAUGUGAAAUACCCAAGGUGAUUGUCAGCAACCACAAUCUGGCUGACACCGUUCAGAACAAGCAGCUCCAAGCUGUCCUGCAGUGGGUAGCCGCCUCAGAGCUCAAUGUCCCUAUUUUGUACUUUGCUGGCGAUGACGAAGGGAUCCAGGAGAAGCUGCUUCAGCUCUCAGCCGCUGCCGUGAAGAAAGGCCGCAGCGUUGGGGAGGUCCUGCAGUCAGUGCUUCGUUACGAGAAGGAGCGACAGCUGGAUGAGGCGGUGGGAAACGUCACACGGCUGCAGCUGCUGGACUGGCUGAUGGCAAACCUGUGAUUGGGGCCCACGCACUGCACCCGGUGUUCCAGCAGUGGGCCCAGCCCUGUCCCUGCCGUCUUCCCUCACCCCCCCUCCCUACCUCCCAGAGCCCUCACAUACCUUCACACCACUCACACCAGACACGUCAUCUAAUGCUACUCACUGGAUUUUGCAGAUUUUCUUGUCUGUGCGAGCAAGGACGCAAAUUAAAAGAUUACAAUUAAAGGGCUACAUGAGUUUGGCUUCCUUGAGGGUGGGGCAAGAGGGCAAGGCUGCAGCAAGAUUAGAACUACUCAGAAGAGGGCCGAGGCAGAAUGACACUGCACAAGAGGCCGAGAAACAAGCCCCGGGCACUCAGUUCCCUGCGUGUCCCCCACUGUGAGCCGCCAUGCACAGAUCCCUCCUUCAUACUCUUCCCUUAAAAUAAGCCCCAAUUCCGCACGAAUUCAUUUCUAUCUUUUUUUAAAACACUGUGUAGUAGCCAGUGGAAAUCGUGCUCAUUAUGGUGUAGAGGACCCGGCCUCUUGUCUUUGCUGAGCUUUGCAGGACUGUGGCACACCUCUGACUUUAUCCAUAGUUCAGUUCAAGGUAGAGCCAAAGCUGGCCCCAAGGGCUGGGAGAGAGUACUUGCCUAGCAUGUGUGAGGUGGUAGGUUUCAUCGUAGUUCACAGCUGCCUAUAACUCCAGCUCCAGGAGAUCCUGGAGUCUUCUGAUAAUCUGACAGAAGGCUCCUCUGAUACCUGCAAAUAUGAUGCACGCAUGCGCGCGCGCACACCCACCCGUGCACACUCGAGCGUAAUAAUUGUAGGUUGGAAAUCAAGCCACGGCAUGAGGUCAAAGUUGAGGUAAGGGAGAUCUAUUUUACGGCCAGGCUGUCCCCGCACCCAGGGAGUGCAUACAGAAAGCAGCCGGGAAGGGAGUUUGCAAGGACCUUUCAUACACACUCCCAUGGUUUGCAGAAGCAGGAAUACAAGGGACCAAUUAUGGUUCGAACUCAAGUACAUAUUUGCAUAAGUCAAAGUUCACAGUUGUUUUUCA